CCCAUUUUAAUUUCUAUAAAUUCUGACAGAAAGGAAAUUCUCAGUCUCUCACUCUCUCCACAACAAGUGAAGGCCAAACAAAAAGGUGAGGGUGGAAGUAGAAGAAAGAGAUGGCCGCAGUACCAGGACAGCUCAUUUGGGAGAUCGUGAAGAAGAACAACUCUUUCUUGGUGAAAGAGUUCGGUAAUGGUACUCAGAGCGUGCAGUUCAGCAGAGAGGCCAACAAUCUCUACAAUCUAAACUCUUUCAAGUACUCUGGUUUGGCAAACAAGAAAACUGUUACUAUUCAGCCUGCGGGUAAAGACCAGUCUGUUUUGCUGGCAACAACCAAAACAAAGAAACAAAACAAGCCUGUUGCUUUGCUUCACAAAUCUGUCAUGAAGAAGGAGUUUCGGAGGAUGGCAAAGGCCGUGCAAAAUCAGGUGGCAGAUAACUACUACAGGCCUGAUCUCAAGAAAGCAGCUCUUGCAAGGUUGAGUGCUGUCAAUAGGAGCCUCAAAAUUGCGAAGUCUGGUGUGAAGAAGAGAAACAGACAGGCUGUGAGGGUCCGUGGUAGGAAGUGAAUUGAGAAAAUUUAAGCUGCAUUUUGGUGGCUGAUAACUAUAUUUCUAUUAAUCUUUUUUUUUUCCCCUUUAUAGUUUUUGUGUGUUCUAGAACUCGAUUAUAGAUUUUCGGAAUUGUGUUUAUUAGCAAUUAUUGUGUUUUCAAUAUGAAAUUGAACUACCAUGCUAUAGC